GCCAUCACCGGAGGAGGCUCUGCAGUGGCGCGAUUCCCUGGAGAAGCUCCUGCAAAACCCCUACGGGCUCGCCAGCUUCCACAGCUUCCUGCGCUCCGAGUUCAGCGAGGAGAAUGUGGAGUUUUGGGUGGCCUGUGAGGACUACAAGAAAACCAAGUCCCCUGUGAAGAUGGCAGAGAAGGCCAAGAAGAUCUAUGAGGAGUUCAUCCAGACCGAGGCACCCAAAGAGGUGAACAUCGACCACUUCACCAAGGCCGUGACCAUGAAGAACCUGGUGGAGCCAUCACCAAGCAGCUUUGACAUGGCCCAGAAGAGGAUCUUUGCCCUGAUGGAGAAAGACUCCCUGCCCAGAUUUGUGCGGUCAGAGUUUUAUCAGGAGUUAAUCAAGCACUCCCCGCACCCUCAGAACGUCUCUGUGAACUGGUGUCAGUACAAGUGGGUUCAGCAUGUUCAAGCUCCCUAUUUACAGCGUGACUCAUAG